AUGGAGUUAGCUUUGAGUUUGGGUUUGGGGUUUCUUGAGAAAUCCCCACAGAUAUCGAGAAGCAAGGAUCUAGGGUUUUGCAUGGGGCUUGGAGUUGGAGGUACUAAAUACGGAGAUGAAACAAGGGUUCCUUCGGAUCCACCUCUUCACCUUCGUUUUCCUUGCCUCACUGAAAAUCAUGGAGACGGCCGAGGGUUAGACGUGAACCUGUUGCCACUGGCGGUUACGGAGGAAUCCGAGGAAGGAGCGGCGGUUUCAUCUCCGAACAGCACGGUGUCGUCAUUUCAAAUGGAUUUCGGGAUUAGAAAUGGGAGUAACACUAACAGAGGGAAGAGAGACCUAAAAGGCGUUGAAGCUGAAAGAGCGAGUGAUGAAGAUGACGAGUUGAACGGGUCAACUAGGAAGAAACUCAGGCUCUCUAAAGAACAAUCUGCUUUCCUGGAAGAAAGUUUCAAAGAACACAACACUCUGAAUACUAAGCAAAAGCUUGCCUUGGCCAAGGAAUUAAAUCUUCGUCCUCGACAAGUGGAAGUUUGGUUUCAGAAUAGAAGGGCAAGAACAAAGCUGAAGCAGACAGAGGUAGAUUGUGAGUAUUUAAAGCGAUGUUGUGGGACCCUGAGAGAAGAAAACAAGAGGUUACAAAAGGAACUCCAAGAAUUAAGAGCUUUGAAAAAUUCUCAACCUUUUUACAUGAACUCACCCGCCACCACCCUCACCAUGUGCCCGUCGUGUGAGCGCGUCGCCACUGCCAAGACCUCCGCCACCGGCAGCCAACACUAGAGGAUACCCACCCUUUCUCUCCUCUACUAACACAUGUGACCUGGAGCCAUCACCGAGCACGCCAGGCCACUUGAUCAAAUCAUUGGAUGUGACCUGUAAAAAUGCAUAAUGAAUGCA